CACCUGAAAGAGGUCUGGAAAGAUGGAAGACUUAUGUGACAGGGAUUAAAAUAGUAUAGAAGAUCUCUUGGUACAGAGUUCAGGAAUGACUCUCCAGGCUCCAGAUUAGUUCCUUAUACCUUUUCCUGUAAGCCUAGUGUCAAUAGAUAAGGAAUUGACUCCUUUUUCUAAGGUGUGAGAAGAAUGAUCAUUCCUUAGGGAAUUAUAAAUAUUUAAGGUUUUUUGUUGUUGUUUUUGUUUUUUUGAGAUAGGAUCUUGCUGUGUAACUCAGGCUGGCUUUGAACUCAAUCCUACUUUAGCCUCUUAAAUACUGGGAUUACCAGUGUGUGCCACCAGUAGGCAUUUUAAAGAUGACAGAACUCAAGCAGUACUACAGGACUAGCCAAAAUAGUUCAGGGACAUGCAGCUUGUGCCAAAACUACCCAGCCUUUUUCCUGCUGCAUCCAAGGGUUAGUUACUUAGUCUUGCCCUUGUCUUUUCCCCACAGUAACCCUCCACUGAGUGAAGAGAUGUUGCCUCCUGGGGAGUGGAUGUGUCACCGGUGUACUGUUCGCCGAAAGAAACGAGAGCAGAAAAAGGAGCUGGGUCAUGUCAAUGGACUGGUGGACAAAUCUGGCAAACGGACUACAUCCCCCAGCAGUGACACUGACUUGUUGGACAGAUCAGCUAGCAAAACUGAACUCAAGGCCAUUGCCCAUGCCCGGAUCCUAGAAAGGAGAGCCAGCCGGCCUGGCACCCCCACAUCCAAUGCCAGCACAGAGACCCCCACCUCUGAGCAGAAUGACGUCGAUGAGGACAUCAUUGACGUGGACGAGGAGCCAGUUGCAGCAGAGCCGGACUAUGUGCAGCCCCAGCUGAGGCGGCCUUUUGAGCUGCUGAUUGCUGCUGCCAUGGAGCGGAACCCCACCCAAUUUCAGUUGCCCAAUGAACUGACUUGUACCACUGCACUACCAGGUUAGCCACACCAUCAUCAUAUCUCCUUCCCCAUCCCAGCUUUCCCAAAUGAUUAUUACCCAGCAGAAGAUCAGUGCUGACUGCCCUUGUAACUGUUGUCUCAUGUUCCUAUUCUUGGCUCUGCCUUUAGAGAUCUUUGAAGGUUUUAGCUAUUACAGUGCUUAUUCAAUUUUCCAUUUUCUGAUUCUACAAACUCCUUUCCUGU